GCCGCGCCCCCUCCCAACGCGGAGAGUCCCUGAUUGGGUCCGCCAGGAUCUGCCCGCUCCAGCCCCAGCCGGCUGCCCGCCGGGGAAGCGAGCCCAUCCAUCGCUGGCUGCCCAGUCCUCACCCAAGAUUUAAAGCGGGCAAAUUUUGUUCUCAAGACCAAUGACUUUCGCGCCGUGCCGAGAGGAGAGCAGACGUCCGAUUUGGGAGUUUAAGGAGCUGGGCUUGGACCUGAUCAAUUCCAAGUUGCACUGGAACAUUCACUGACUGAUAAGGGACCUACACUGGAAAUAUCUCUGAAGCCUUCUCAGCACCUGUGGCCUACUACAUAGUAUGUCGCACUUAACUUUCACAAAAGGAUGUACGUGGAAUAGCUGCCUGAGGCCAGUCACCAAACGUAAUGAAGGAUGCCAAUGUGGAAACAUUUUGAUGUGCCAGUGUCUUCAUUCUACAGUGUGUUCCAUUUUUUUGCAAUCUCAGCAAAAAUGGUAUUAAAAUAUUUUGUGAAAUAAGAAGCUCCUUUUACAUUUUGAAUGACCAGCAUAUAUUAAGAUGGACAUCUGUUCUACAGAAUACAGAAUUCUAUGGUCUCAAAGAAGCAAAUGCCCAUUUAACACUGAUCCUAAAUAAAAUUGGACGUCAGAAUGUUUGUUAGUGGCAGAAGAGUAAAAAAAUGUCAGUUUGUUCAGUUAUUUGCCACCUGUUUUAUACUAAGCCUCAUGUUUUUUUGGGGACCACUUGAUAAUCACGUUGUGAGCCACAUGAAGUCCUACUCUUACAGAUACUUUAUAAAUAGCUAUGACUUUGUGAAUGAGAGCCUAUCCCUUAAGCACAGUGAAGAUGGGGCUACUCACUACCAAUACCUGAUUAACCAUGAGAAGAAGUGUCAGGAACAAGAUGUCCUCCUUUUACUGUUUGUAAAGACUGCGCCUGAAAACUAUGAUCGACGUUCUGCAAUUAGGAGAACAUGGGGCAAUGAGAAGUAUGUUCAGUCUCAACUUAAUGCCAACAUCAAAACUCUGUUUGCCUUAGGAACACCUUCUAAUCCACUGACGAAAGAAGAAAUGCAAAGGAAACUGGUUUGGGAAGACCAAAUGUACCACGAUAUAAUUCAACAAGAUUUUGCCGAUUCUUUCUAUAAUCUUACUCUUAAAUUGCUUCUGCAGUUCAGUUGGGCAAAUUCCUUUUGUCCACAUGCCAAAUUUCUUAUGACUGCCGAUGACGACAUAUUUAUUCACAUGCCAAAUCUUAUUGAAUACCUUCAAAGCUUAGAACAAAUUGGUGUUCAGGACUUUUGGAUUGGUCGUGUUCAUCGUGGUGCUCCUCCCAUUAGAGACAAACGCAGCAAAUACUAUGUCUCCUAUGAAAUGUAUCAGUGGCCGGCUUACCCUGACUAUACUGCAGGAGCUGCCUAUGUGGUCUCCAGUGAUGUAGCGGCCAAAGUUUAUGAGGCCUCACAGACACUCAACUCUAGUCUUUACAUAGAUGACGUGUUCAUGGGCCUCUGUGCCAAUAAGAUGGGGAUAGUACCACAAUACCAUGUAUUUUUCUCUGGGGAAGGUAAGACUCCUUAUCAUCCCUGCAUCUACGAUAAAAUGAUAACAUCUCAUGGACAUGUACAAGACCUUCAGGACCUUUGGAAGGAUGCCACACACCCUAAAGUAAAAAUGAUUUCAAAAGGUUUUCUUGGCCAGAUAUACUGUAGGAUAACUAAAAUAGUUCUCCUUUGCAAAUUGGCCUAUGUGGACACAUAUCCUUGUAGGGCUGCCUUUGUCUAAUAGUACUUGAAUGUUGUAUGUUUUCACUGUCACUGAGCCAAACCUGGAUGAAAAACUCUUAAAUGUUUGACUGUACCCUAAGUGAAAUGAACAUGAAAAAACAAAGAAAUAUUUUGAAAGCCCAGUCUCUCGGAAUGUUUCUUUGAUUCUAGAAGCUAUUCAACAUAACUUAACUACUUCAUUGCCUAAAUCCAUUUCAAGGAAUGUAUAUUUAGAAAAGGUUUAUGAAAACCGAACUAAAGGGAAAUUCAAGUUCUCAAUGCCACGUGUAUAUUUGAGGUAUAGAAAAGUAAUUAAAGAGCCUUGGUAUUAGAAAAACUGCUUUUGGAAAAUACCAAGUGAAUAUAGAGUACAACAUUUCAAAGAAACAAAUAUGUUGUUAGACUAGAUAUACAAGUUAAUUUUUACUAAAAGAGCACUUGAUGGAAAUAGUGGGGGCAGGGAGGAUUGGCAUAGGAGAAAGUACAUGAAUCUGGCAAAAUAAAGUCUCAUGUUCUUCAGAGAUAUAGGAAAAAGUACAGCAGGUCCUUGAAUAACCUGGUUUUGUUAAGCAUCGUUUUGUUAUAAUGUUGAGAAGAUGAGUAGGAACUUAACACUUGUUUAUAUCAGUUAGCCUGUUGUAUAAUUAUUUCAUUAUACAUUGUUUCACUGCAGUUCCAACAAGCUAUCGAAAAUGUUAAGUGAGGACUUACAGUACACAUUCUCUUUAUGAACAGCCAAAUCACUUAUUGUCACAUCUGUGUACUUAUUCUACCUAGCGUUGGAGUCAUUUAAAACAUUUAUGUCUUUUUUCCCCAAAGUUUAAUGUAAAAUUUGAGAAGUCAUUAGCUCUGCCCUAACUUGUGCUUUAUGGGUUUUUUUUUUGUUUUUGUUUUUGUUUUUAUUAUUAGAAAAUGACACAAAACAUGGGCAGUUUGUUACCCAUGGGGUCCUUCUGUAGGGAGAAAUCAUUGCUAAUUCAAGACGCUGAUUUUAAUACAAUGAAAUUUUCAACUGGUUUUUAAAUAUUCAAUAUCGGUCUGUUUUUAAGAUAGUUAUUUGAAUGUAGUUUGCUUAGAGGAAUAGAAUAUUGGAGAAGACUUCAAAAGGAAAGAUAGAACAUUAAAAGCCUCUUUUCUCCAUAAUUUAUAAAAUAAAAUUCUUAGUGUCUAAAUUAUUGUAAUGAUAAUAAAAUUAGCCCACCCCUCCCCAACAAGGCCUCAUAAACCACAGUACUUUAUUCCAAGUUCAGAUUUUAAAAUGAGAAUAUUAAACAUCACACAAAAGCUAUAGUGUCUGUAACAAAACCUAUUUCAUCAAAAUAGCUAUCAGAGGUAUUGUCAACUUUUAAAUAUUUCAAAAUUGAAAGCAGAAUGAAAGAUAAAAAGGUUGCCAGAAUGAGGUUUAAAGCAUUUUUAAAGUGGCAUGUUCCUUGUAAUCAAAGAGAUGUGGGUGAGAGCUAAUAGAGUAAGUUAUAUUUAUUUUACAAAGCAGGACAGAAAUAUGGCCAUGAUGCAGACAACCUCCCCUGACUAUAGAAAGUACUAGGUGAUGUCUGUUAUUAGUGGGAUUAUCUGAAGGCCAAAAUAAUGACUUCAGCGAGAGCAGAUGAACUGAUUAUAGAACCUUUGUCUGCAGAGAUGCCUGUUAGGAAAGACUAAGAUGUCUCAUUUAAUUAGAUGAUGUUUGAAACAUGCAAAACAAAAACAUAACUAAAAAAGAAUUUUUA